AAACCAGAAUAUGAGUUUCAAUGAGUCGUGUUUGUCAGAGGAGAAGUACCCUUUGAAUAUAACAAGUUUUUAAGCAGGCGUUCUUUUCAUUAACGUCACAUUUCUGAAUUAAAAUUGUUUUCUUUUUUGUUUGUCAGAUCUAAUAAAAUGUCUUAACUGUUGUUUUCGCUAACUAGGUAGAAAAUCAUCAUAAUUAAUAGUAAUAAAGCCACAAAAGCAUCAGUCUGUGUGUAAUUAACCUAUAUAGAGUGUUUUACUUAUCAAAUUGAAUUUCUAAAUCCAUCCAUCCAUUUUCUCUACACCCUUGUCCCUAGUGGGGUCGGGAGGGUUUCUGGUGCCUGUCUCCAGGGAAGGUUUCGGGUGAGAGGCGGGGCUCACCCUGGACAGGUCGUCAGUCUGUUGCAGAAUUUCUAAAUCAAAUGAACUUAAUUUGCCUGACUGCAAGUGUGAAAUAGUCAGGCCUGGUGUUGAUCGCUGCAUUUGCAAAUGAGGCCUUCCAGGUUAUAUAAUGUAGGAAAAAAGUUUGGGUUUUUGAAUUUGUUUUGCUAGAACAUCAUCAUCCUCAGGCUCCAAAAUAUUUAAUUCGUAGGAUGAAAAAUUAAGCAAAUGCACAGCCAAGCUGGAGCUCUCCGUUUUUCCUUUUUUUACUUACUUUACUUGAUGUGUGUAUUUUUUGGUAAUUCAAAUCUAACGUGGAUUAAAUUUUUCUACGUCGUCAAGUUGAAUAAUGUAAUCCCUCUUGAUUCAUUUACCCGUUACAAUUUUCAUACUUAACGCUUUUGAAGGAGAAGUACUUCUUAUUCCUCGACAACAAAACUAGCUUAAAGAGAUCUCUUCUUGCUAACUCACACUUAGAUAUGUCUCCGGUUGUUGUUUUAUUAAAGAAAAAAGGGCUCACAAAUUCUGUCCUUCCUUCAGUCACGUGUCGGCAACCAUCCGUCUUCGUGGAAGAGAAAACGCAGCUCGUUUGGCCCGAGUGUCUCAUCACAGAGCUCCCGCUUUGCUUUCUGAGAGGUGGGAGCUGAAAAUUACGUCUCCCCGUGUGUUGCAGUCUGUCCACCGGUGCAGUCAUGCUGAACCGCAUGGCAAAUAAUGGAGAGAAACACUGAUUCGGGGAAAUUAAUCACUGUUAAACAAGCAACUAAGUGCCCUUGAAAAUGACAUUGCCGCACAUCUGUUUGCAAAUAGCCGGCAUCUGGCCGAGAUCAUAAAUGAUUGUGUUUCUGCUUAAGGACAACAAAUAUUUAUUAGGACUCACCGACGCAGUUAUGAAUUCUCAUUAAGUAAAACUAACUGUACAUAAAUUACAAUAAAGCAUUGUUUUUGUUUUAAAGUGGCAUCAACAAACACAGCAUUCUGGUUGAUUGUGAAUUUCAUUACUUGCUACGGAUAUUAAUGGCCACAUCUGAUUCUCAGUCUAGACCUCCUGCAAAAAUAAUGACUAAUUUGCAUGUAGGAAAGGGGGGAAACAAUGCAAGUAGAAAAUCUUGAAAAGUUUGCAACAUCAAAUCAAGCUUUGGUCGAUACAUUUAGAAGAAACCUACAUCCACCAAAAUGAAAGAACUCGACGGCACACAAACGUCAGUGGGUAAAAUCUCGCCUCUGCAGCUGAAUUGAAAUAAGAUGUUAUCUCUUUUGACGUGUCCCAUGAAGAAUGAACCCAGGUCCUCUGGCUAUCUCUUCCUGCCUGUUCGCAGGUUAUAUUUCACACUGAAGAAGAAGACCUCUGCGAUGUCGGUUACUGUGAGUCCCUGCAGCCUCCCCAUCGAAUGGAGCCUGGCCGCUCGGACUCUGAAGGACAAACCGCUCAAAAACCUGCAGUGGAGCACCAAGAAAAGCACGCCCGAGGUGUGGUGGCGAGGCCCUGGCACAGAAGAGAAAAUCCACAGCUUCACCGGUGACACAGUGGACGCCUACAACGGCCCUUCACAUCUCAGCGCUUCUGUCUACGUCGUGAGGCUGCGUUCAGAACUGCAAAGCACCAGAGCUACGGUCUUCCUCCACGAAGGCCAAGGGCCUUCAGGCAUAUUCCCUCGACUACCAGCUGACCCGCGAGUUCACAAGUUAGGAGUUGGUAUGACCAGUGUCACCCUCAGCUGGCAGCCCAGUGCCUCCAUAACAAGCCUCCCAAAAGCCAAAAACGGUUACGAUUAUUGCGUCCUCGUUAACUCUCUGCAAAACUACCCCAGCCUCUGCGCUGCUCAAGAGAGGGAGAGAGGGGAGAAAGAUCGGAGUCAAGGCAAGAAGGAGAAAAAGAGGCAAGCAACACCAUGGCCGAUCUUAAAAGAGUGGUGGUGGGAGCAGUGGGAGAGUUAUCCCGAGUCCCAGAGUCUGCCGUCUUCACUUGCUGAUGAUUUUGAUAAUCUUCAGUGCGCGUGUCAGGGGACGGAGAACGUUUGCACGGUCUCCGAGCUCCUGCCUGACACCUCGUAUUACUUUGACGUUUUUGUGUUGGAUAAGGUGAACGGGACCAGCGCGGCGUACAAGGGGGCUUCUGCGCGGACGCACGAGGAAGCUCAAGCUGCAGUCCUGCCUCUGAGAGAAGGUGAGCUAAGGUGGGUGACCUUUCAGGACGGAGGCUCAGACUCGCAGCAGUUCUUCAGUUUCCGUCCUCGGGGAUGGCAGCAGAGUGGCCUCCUCACCUUGCAGAGCUGUGGUGGGGGUGAAAAGAUGAAGGUAACUGUGUCCAGUAAGGGACGGGUUUUGACCACUCAGGGUGUGGAAGCAGAGUUAAUCCACAUUUGGCUCCAAGGAAGUCCAUCCUAUCUUAUCCACUUACAACAAGAAGGAACUGCAAUGAGCAAAGUAACUUCUGUUAAAGACGCAGCUCGACUAGCAGCUCUGAAAGCUUCGGUCAAAAUGCAAGUUUCAUCCGCCUACCACCGCAGAGGGGUCCCAUCUCUGCCGUCCACCUUGCAGAUAAAAUCUUUCAACCGGCUGCGAGGUUGCAACAGCGUCACACUGGCCUGGAUGGGAACGGAGGAAAGAAGUCUGUACUGUGUAUACCGCAGAAAGCUCAGUGGCUUUGAUGCAGAAGCUGGGGGAGCAUCGGCUCUGACCGCGCCCUGUCUGGGCCCAGAGUCUCGCUCCGACACUGAAAGGGUUCUCUGCAAGUAUUUCCAAGAGCUGAAUCCUCGACGGGCCGUCACUACAGCUGUGAUCGGGGGCCUGGAGCCAGGAGUGGCCUAUGUGUUUGAUGUGUAUCUAAUGAGACGCUGGGGGAUCCCUAUCAAGUAUGCCAGCAAGAUGGUGAAGACCAGAAAGGAAUGCUGAGCUGCCGCCCCCUAGAGGAGGCUCACAGGUUGUCCCGGUUUACGGGAAAGUGCAUCAGCCCCCGGACAUGCUGUAAAGAGACCAAGAGCUCAAGCCAUUUGAUUGUUGUCAGGAGGCAUUUUGCAACAAACAAACAAAAAAAAAAAGAAGAAAUGUUCUCUUGAAGAAAAAAGUGGUCGCACACAAACUCCACUUUAUCAAUGCAAGUGGACGGCAAGAAUUAGGGAAGGAUGUACACACCAGCAAAAGUUCAUAACAUUUACAAAACUUUUGUGCUCUUGUCAUUUUGUUCCUCGUUGCAGAUCCUCACAAUGACAUGCCAGUUAUCCAAAUGCUUUUUUUUUUUUUUUUUUUUUGCCUGUGUCUGGGUACAAUGGACGGGCAAGGUUUGAGAUGACAGAAAGUCAUUAUGAAAACAACAAAGGAGACUGUGCCAAAGACGCAACAGAAGCAGAUGGGGCAAUAAUGAGAGAAGAUCUGAGACGUAGGGAAUCGCAGCAUGCACCUGCAGAGCUGCAUUUUGUACAAACUAAUAAACACAGGUGGAAAUGAUCUUGAAGAUGCUAAAUUCAAAGUCUGUGUUUGUCUUUGUGUUCUGCUUUCGCAUGAAGCAGUGUGAAAUUUCUAGUGGCUUGCCUCAUUGUCUUUGAUGUAUUCUUGUGCUGCUUCAAAGUCAUCAAUAAAUACUAAGGUAUCUGUGUA